GUUCCCUUGUCAAAAUCCCAGGUCUCUGACGUCACUUGGUAGUAAAAUGGGUGAGAUGUUGAAAAAAAUCAUCUAACCCGUGGUUUCAAAAAAAAUCCCAUAUAGUGUGGUACGUUUAGAAUUGCAAGAAAAAAGAGAUUCGGUUUAAGUGAUCAGUGAGCGUUUUUACCAACACCUGCGGGUGAUCACUGUAAAAUAGAGAAAUUACCAAACCAACUCUCUUUACGAACUUCCUCUUUUUACGUGCUCAAACCACAUUAAGUUGUAACGACUUUGCUUCAACUGAGGCAACCAACAGUAGCACACUAUGUCCGCCGGGGCGGAGCACUGACAAAAAGGGCACCCACCGCCAUUAAGAGAUGCAAGUGGGGACCCUAUUUCGGGAGAGUGCCGCUACACUUUUAGGCGCCACUAGCGGCAUGAUUGAAUCACCCGUUGCUGCGAAUGCCUUUGUAGCGCCUCCAUCUAGUCACCCUCUCAAGUCCACCCUUCCACCACCAGGUGCUGAAGCACCCCAUGCCCCCUACACAUGUCUCGAUAUUCUCACUGGACCACCACAUGGGCAUCAUGAUCCUGGCUAUAAGAUUUUAUCACCAUCACUUAAACAUGAAAUACAAGAUGACGGUUAUGAAACAAGUGGCGGGGAUGCAAUGACGCCAAGGAAUUUGCUACCACAGGCAAAAUGUGAGAAUAAUUUAGCACCCCCAGAAGAUCCAUACAACUUUAUCGAUGAUGAUCUCAACCACAUAAUGACCUUCCCGCCACUCUAUGGUACAACGCCGCAGGGAUUUGCGCAAGAUCCCCCACCUGCUGUUGCACCCAUAUGUAAAAAACGUGGACGAAAGAGGAAGUUACGCAAUGAGGAAGAUUUAAUUCCAGGCACCACCAUCCCAAAGGCACGGGAACGCAAGAAGCAUGAUAGAUUUAAUGGGAUGCCAGAGGAAGAAGUCUCCAAGCGUACACUACCCGAUCACCUCACCAACAAUCUUGAUAUCAUUAUAAUUGGCAUAAACCCAGGGCUUUUUGCGGCCUACAAGGGACAUCAUUAUGCCGGCCCGGGGAAUCAUUUCUGGAAAUGUCUCUACCUGUCGGGUUUAACGCAUGAGCAAAUGACAGCAGAAGAAGACUACAAACUUCUCAAAAUAGGCAUUGGUUUUACAAAUAUGGUACAACGUGCCACAAAGGGAUCUGCUGAUCUAACACGAAAGGAAAUUAAGGAGGGAUGUAGGCUUUUACUUGAGAAAUUACGUCGUUUUCGUCCAAAGAUAGCAGUCUUCAAUGGAAAGUUGAUCUUUGAGGUUUUUUCUGGUAAAAAAGACUUUAAUUUUGGACGACAACCCGACUGUAUUGAAGGAACGAAUACAUAUAUGUGGGUAAUGCCAUCAAGCAGCGCGAGGUGCGCCCAGUUGCCACGAGCUGCUGACAAAGUGCCAUUUUAUGCUGCUCUCAAGAAGUUCCGUGACUUCCUCAAUGGCCUCUCCCCAGAAGCGGAUCUGGAUGAGCAGGAGUUUGUGUUCAGUGAUCCCAAGUACAAAGUGUGCUGUGAAAGCGAACCAAAAAUUGACACAGACCCGCCAGAUGGGGAAGUGAAGAAGAAGCGUGGUCGUCCGAAGAAACUACGUCCUGAGGAUGCCCCCAAGGCGCCAGUGGUGAAGCGAACACCCGCAGAUGGGACGAAAAAGAAACGUGGUCGUCCGAAGAAGCUGAAGGAGCCCGAACAGCAACAAUUCUCAUCACCACCACCCAUUAUGGAAUCCCUGCAUUCAAUCUCCAAGACACCCCAAGCCUAUCAAUCACCCCAAAAUUCCCAAACAUUUUCACAUUCAGACCUUUCGUCUGAAAUUAGCGCCGCCAUUUCAUCGGACCUCGUUGAUUCCCCGCCAACUGCAUCGCCACCCGGGCCGCCGGACUUUGAACCGCCCACCGCCAUGCCCACCGAUGGUCACACGCCCGAGCUUCGUUACAGCCCCUUUACGCGUACCCCCUAUGGGCAAGACGAUCAGUGGCAACAAAUUAGGGAGCAACGUGACAUGUACAAGGUACCAGAUGUAACAACCAAAAGUCUAUCUGGUUUGGAAAAUUUAGUUGAGCAAAUCCCAACAAUGGGUGAUGUGGAAGCACAUCCGCAUAUGAAUGGCCUCGAUGAAGGGCGUGAGGAGCAAACAACAUACUCAUCGUGUCUCUAUGACCGUAAUGAAUAUGAAUCGGUAUUUCCGCCAUACGGUUCCUACUUUCCCGAUGCAGUCGAACCGACAUCAACAUACGGAUACUCGAGUCAGUUCGAAGGCUACGCGUACUCGCAGCACUUUGCACAGCAACAGCAAAUGCCUGUACCCAAUUAUGCGUACGCAACAUAUCCACCAACUUCGUAUACACCUCAGUGUCCUACGCCUAUGCCUCAACCCCUAUCAGCCUAUCGGUCGCACGCCUUCAAACCCGACCUUACGGGCUAUAGUAGCUUCUGACACAGCUAGGGAUCCUACUCUGUUACCGAACCACCUAUCUACUAGAAGAGGACCUACUCACAAGAAGGCGUGUGCGUGCAGUGAAGAAAACACCCAUCCUCCACUAUAUUAGAUAAAGAAGAAGACUAAGAAAACGGUUGGAGUUCAUUAUUGAGAAGCAAGUUGAAUUUAAACAAAAAAAAAAUGACAUGACAGCCUAGGAAGGUACAGUUUCUUGUUAAAUUAUAUAGGUAUGUAUACCAAAAACAAAAAACGAUACAUUUUUACGUAUCAUAAAUUAUGUAUGUUUGUGAAUUUGUGUUUCUUUUUAUUACAAUAUAAAUAUAUUUGAUUAAAACAAGAAUUUAGUCAAACAUGCAAAAAAUGAUUUGUAAACUACGUAAUUAAUCGUAUCACGUUAUACUUGUGACAUUUAGAUUUGUAGUAAAUUACGAAGAAAAAAAAAGAAAAGAAAUUAUUGGCAUCAAUUUAGUGAAAUUAUUGAACAAAUUAAUGCGUGAAGUUUACUAAACAUAAAAAAGUCGUUGGCAGCUAAUGCCAAUUGCAAAAUCUUUUAUUAAUUUAAAUUUAUUUCACAGACUUUCCUUUGGAAAUUUUAAACAAAAGAAAUAUCAACACGUUGUGGUUAAAUCAAGAUUAAAUCAAGAAAAACAUUUCUUUACUUCCAGAAAAAAAUAUUAUAAGAAAAAAGUGAAUAAUAAAAGUUCACGCAAUGUCAAGUAUAAUGAUGAUAAUUUUGCUCAAAACCCUAAAAAAUUGUGGAAUAGUUUAUGGUCUUUUUGUUUUCUUCUUAAUAAGAUACUGUAACUUCGUAGACAUUACUUAUAUUAAAAAAGAUUUAAUAAAAAAACGAAGGCUCUAAAAGUUUUCUGUAAUUUCUUGUUAAUUUUAUUUUUUCUUCUUCAAAUUAUUUAUCAAUUCAAAGGGCGCAAUCACAUUAAAAAAAACUAAAUAUCGAUAAAGACAAACAGGGUAAGCAAAAAAAAUGUAGAGAAACACAUUUUCCGCAAAAGAAAUACAUAAAAGCGCGAAGAAGAAAGAGAGAGGAGUAUAAAUUGUAUAAAAAAAAAUGGAAGAAAAAACUUACAAGAAAUUUUGUCGAUACAUUAUUAACCCAUGUUCUAUUUUUUAGAGAAAAAGAAACUAUAUAAGAUCACUAAAAAAAAACUUAAAAAAAAUAAUACUAUGAGAGUGAAAAUUCUCUCACUGUGUGAAUGUGCAAUUAAAAGAAAAUUAUAAGAAAAUGAAAAAUUGAAGACAGGGAGAGAAGAAUAAGCAAAAACAAAAAAAAAUCGAAUAUUGGUAAAUGACACAACAAAGCGAAAAAAAUGGAGUCUCAGAAGCAUUUUUAAUCACAAAAUAUUCACCCCAUUUUUAAGGAAGGAAAGAACAACAAAAAAUCUCUUUGACCGAAUAUACGUAAUUUAAAAAAUAUAACAUUCUACUAUUCGCUUCUCUACUCUCAAGAAAAAAAAAGAAAUUUAUUGUGAAAAUAAAAAUAAACCACACUUAAUAAAAUACCUAAAUUAAAAAAAAAAACUGAUAACAGAUUGAAUUAACCAUUAACAAAUUAAGUAAAUAAAAAAAAUUGAAAAAAUCACAUAAGCGAAAAAAACUAUUAAGUGAAAUAUAAUAUAAUAUAAUUAGAAAUACAUUUUAUCAAUUUAUAAAUACUUUUAAUGAAAAAUCACUAAUACAAGAUAUGAAAAAAAACCAGAAA